GGAGACUAGAUUCGUUCGAUGGUAUAGGUAUAUAUUGUUUUGAAGAGAAGUGAAGCUUCAAUGACGUAUCUCCCAAUUAUCUCAUGAUUACUGAAACUUCUCCCCUCGAAAUCCCGAAAUCUGUUCUCUCUCCCCCCCUUCACCCAGCGAGCGGCAUCUCAACGAGCGACGAGGGUGAUCCUAGCCUCCUCAUCAGAAUCCAGCAUCGUGCGUGAACAACGUGGUGUUGAGGCGUCUCUGCUAGCCAACCGUUCACUUUACACCGUCUCAACCUUCACUUGUUAGCGUCCUAGUACCCAAUCAUGCCAUCCAGCAUCUUCAUAAACCAGCUCUACAGGCCUCCUUCUUCCUCUUCUCCGGAGACACUUCCGAGCCCCAAUACCGGCGUGAGAGCGUUCCAUCAGUCGCUCCCAGGCUACAAACCGAGUCCCCUGGUCUCGGUGCCGGCGAUAGCGGCGCGGCAAGGGAUUAGAUGGUGUUUGGUUAAGGACGAGACAGAGCGGUUGGGGCUGCCGGCUUUUAAGAUCCUGGGUGCGUCGUGGGCUACGUAUCGGGCGCUGGGGGAGAGGCUUGGUUUAAGAGAAAAUGGGGAUGUUGUGUCUUUGCAGAGGUUGGCGGAAGCUGCAAAGGCGGAGGGUGUCGUGUUGUUUGCGGCUACGGAUGGGAAUCAUGGGCGCGCGGUGGCGAGGAUGGCGGGGUAUCUGGGGGUUGGGGCGAGGAUAUACGUACCGAGUUUGCUUGAUGAGGAGGCGAUUUCUAAGAUUAGAGGGGAAGGGGCGGAGGUUGUGGUUUAUGAUGGGGAUUAUGAUCAAACAGUUCUGGCUACCAAGGUAGCGGCUGAGAAUCAUGCUGAGGGGAAGGGAGUGUUGAUCAGUGAUACGGCGUUGACAGUUGACGAUGAGACCGCGAACUGGAUAGUCGAGGGGUAUCAGACUAUGUUUGACGAGAUGGAGGAACAGGUGCUGGAGAUUACUGGCACACGGACAAUUACGCAUGUUGUGACGCCGGUGGGAGUUGGAAGUUUGACUCAAGCUGUUGUUACGCAUUUUCAGAGGACCCCAAGGUCUCCGAAGCCGAUGGUCAUUGCAGUGGAGCCGAAGUCUGCUGCGUGCCUAAAGGCAAGCUUAGAGGCUGGUGAGAUGACUAGUGUUAAGACUGAGUAUACGAUAUGUACCGGCAUGUGCUGUGGGACACUAUCCGCUAUUGGGUGGCCGAUGUUGAAGAGUGGCAUCAGCGCUGCAGUGGCGGUUGAAGACUCUGAUGUCGAUACCGCUACCAAGAAUCUCCAGAGUUGCGGUAUUAAUGCAGGACCUUGUGGUGCUGCGAGUUUGGCGGCUUUGGAGUCUCUUUCAAGUGGCGAGGAGCUUGCUCUCGGCCCACAAUCGGUUGUAGUUCUCCUCUGUACAGAAGGAAGGAGAGGAUACGAGAUGAGAUCGAACUCGCAACCAGAACCGUAAAAAGAGAGGUGUGGUAUUUGAGGAUUAGUGGUCAGGCGUUAGAACAACGCUGGUGGGGGUAGAAAUGCAAUGGCAUGUUGCGGAUCAUCAGGUGAACUGCGGCUCUGGCCACAAUUAUUGUGAAGGAUGCUGCUC